GAUGGGCCUCGGACCUGGUGGCGCGGCCUCCACGCCGGGCGCAGCCGCUCCCGCCCAGGGUUGGGCGCCGAGUUGAGGAGGUGUCUCGCCGCCGUUUCGGCUCGUCGGCGGUGCAGGGCGGCGGGCUGGUGUGCCCCGCAGCCGGGCAGCUGCUGUCUGCCUCGGGGCCGCCCAGGGAAGUAUAUAGGUCACUGGAAGUAAUGCCUGCCUAAUCCCCUUUUAUCUUUUUGGCUCGGCUUUCCUGCUGUUGGUUUGUAGGACGACUGGGCAGCGUUGGCCGCAAACUUCUGGGAGAGAACCCGGGCUUCACGCAGGGGAGCAGGCGAGCGCCAAGGGCCAAAAAAUUCUUGUCGAAGGUGAUCCUGAAGGGCAUGUCCAGGUGAGGCAAUUCCAUGUGGCAUGGAAUCAGAGCAGUUAAGGCCCUGCAAUCAGAAAAGGACCAGUUGAUCUAUGAUAGCCUGACUCUUUAUGAUAGAAAAUGUCAAAACUUCACUCUUGUUAAAGAACAUCUGGAGGAAUUGACUAUAGGCAAGUGCUAAACUCCUUGAAAAACAUUGUUUUCUCUAGGAAUGGACUCAUGAGAUAGUGUUUUGCGUUUGGGAUGUUUUUACUUGGUUGGUUUUUAGAUAUAUGAAGGAUUUAUUUACUAUAAUGGAUGACAAGUAUAGUAAGAGUCAACACUUAUGCAGUUAUAAUAUUAGAAAAUACCUUACCGAGAUAUUGUCACAGGAUGAUUGAAUUCUGCCCUUAGAAAAGGGUUUUUUUAGAAAGGGCUGCUUCUCAGGUCAGGGCUGAGGGUUUGCAUAGCAAAAGCUUGAGCCACACAGCCCAAUUACUUACUUUGAGCACAGCAAGGAUUGAAAGUAAUUAACUGCCUCCUGGUUGACGUGAGCAGUCAGAGGCCAGAAGAAUCAAAUACUUCCCCCUGAGGCUUUUGCUUCAGUAAACCUUUAGGACCUUUCCAUAUGUGAGAAGUAUAUUGUGCUAGUUAAAUGAAGUAAUCUUUCUAGCCAGUGUUGAGGUAGUGCCCAGUUUUAAAGAUGGAAUUUAUUUAAAAAAUAAAAACACCAUAAGGUAAUAAGAACAUAUUGGAGAGAGUCUGGAGAGGAACAGUAAGGAUACCUACUUGGGUAUCUGGCAGAAUGCCUGAAUGAACCAGGAGCUGUUAUUUUUACUUCAAAAAAAAGAAAGAGGUAGUGGGGAAAUGAGAGAGUGAGGGUCAGUCUAACUAUGUGAAAUAUAUAUUUCUCACAAUGAUCUGUUUUCUUCCCUAGGUUGGUAAAACACUGUUGCGUUGGAAUAUAUUCUUAAGAAAAGCUGUGAAUAAUUUUAAGAACAGAUGAUGCAAGCACCAUUGUGACAGAAAAAAACCCCAACUUUGUAUUGUGAAUGAAGCCCCGAGAAGAGAAAUGAGUAUGCUUCUAGGAAAUGUUGAGCACUUAGAUCUUCAAGCAAAAGUCACCAGGCACUGUGCAUUGAACAUAUACUGGUACCUACUUAAAUCAGUAGCAAUAAAGGAACAUCAGUAAUGUAGAAGUAGUUCUACUCAUUUUUACAGACCUCUUUAUGAAGUAGCAGAUACUGAUUUCUGUGGAUACCAAUGCUCACAACAUGAUGCUUGAACAUCUGUAGCCAACUACAGGAUUUUCAAAAGAAAUCCAGCAUGGCCUAGUUUGCUCGACCUUUGGAAAAUUUAUAAUGUCCUCUGGAACUGGUAUCAGCAAAAAUCGGCAGGUUCCGAGCCUGCAGGGUGUUGACCCAGAAACAUGCAUGAUAGUGUUUAGAACACACUGGGCACAGGUUCUGAAAAUCUUAGAGAAGCAUGAUCCUUUGAAAAACACUCAGGCAAAGUAUGGAGCAAUUUCACCCGAUGAGGCCAGCACUGUUCAGAAUUAUGUGGAGCACAUGCUUUUCUUAUUAAUUGAGGAGCGAGCAAAGGAUGCCUCAAUGGGGCCUAUUCUGGAGUUCGUGGUCUCCGAAAACAUAAUGGAGAAGCUUUUUCUUUGGAGCCUACGGAGAGGGUUCACCGAUGAGACAAAAAUUGAGCAACUGAAAAUGUAUGAAAUGCUAGUAACCCAGUCUCAUCAGCCUUUGCUGCACCACAAGCCCAUCCUGAAGCCUUUGAUGAUGUUGCUGAGCUCCUGCUCAGGAACAGCCACUCCAACAGUGGAAACGGAGUUGGUCAUCCUCUUGAACCAGCUCUGCUCUAUAAUAGCCAAAGAUCCCUCCAUUUUAGAACUGUUUUUCCACACCAGUGAGGACCAAGGAGCUGCCAAUUUCCUCAUAUUUUCCCUGCUGAUUCCCUUCAUCCAUCGAGAAGGAACAGUAGGCCAACAGGCCCGUGAUGCGCUACUUUUCAUAAUGUCUCUUUCUGCAGAAAACACCCUUGUUGCAAACCACAUAGCAGAGAACACCUAUUUUUGCCCAGUGCUAGCAACAGGACUCAGUGGCCUCUAUUCAUCUUUGCCUACAAAGCUGGAAGAACGAGGAGAGGAGUGGCACUGCCUGCUGAAAGAUGACUGGCUCUUGUCACCAGCCCUUGUACAAUUCAUGAAUUCCCUUGAAUUUUGCAAUGCUGUGAUACAGGUGGCCCAUCCCUUGAUACGUCACCAGCUUGUGAAUUACAUUUACAAUGGAUUUUUGGUGCCAGUAAUGGCUCCUGCACUCCAUAAGGUGACUGUGGAAGAAGUGAUGACAACUACUGCAUACUUGGAUCUCUUUUUGCGUAGUGUUUCAGAGCCAGCGCUCCUCAAGAUUUUCCUCCGUUUUAUUUUGCUGCACCGACAUGAGAAUGUGCAUAUCCUGGAUACACUUACGAGCCGAAUCAACACACCAUUCCAGCUCUGUGUGGUCUCCUUGGCCUUGUUCAGAACGCUCAUUGGCUUGCAUUGUGAAGAUGUGAUGUUACAGCUAGUUUUAAGAUACCUGAUCCCAUGUAAACACAUGAUGUUGAGCCAGCGGCGGGCUGUGAAAGAGAGAGACUGUUAUUCUGCAUCUGCUGCAAAACUGCUUGCCCUGACACCAGUCUGCUGCUCCACUGGCAUCACCUUGACCCUUGAAAGCCAAGAAAAAGAUUAUAUUCUAUGGACAAAAGCAGCACAAACUAAAGAUUCUGGUAGGCGCUCUUCUGAAUCUACUUGCAUUGUGGAAUAUGGAAGAACUGUGGACAUCAGCUACUUGCAGUACCUGGCAGAAGCUCAAGAAGCCAUCCUCCAGUGUCUGAAAGAUUGUAAGGUUUGGUCUGCCUUGUAUGAUGGAGUAAACCCUGAUCCUGACACCUUUAUCCAAACGCUUGCUGAGGAGAACAGUACAGAUGUAGAGCAUCCCAUGUUUUGGCUCCAGCAAAGGACACCUAGCACGUGUAGCUCCUCUCAAGUAACUCCAUUCGGUGAGAAGAUGCAGUUGGAGCUAGAAUGGGAUGAUAGUUAUGAUACAGGGAUUUCUCCUGGUUCUGAUGUGAGCUCACCACAACUGUAUGAUGAUCUGGGAAGCACAGAGAUGCAGCCACCUGCAGAGCCACCAAAACACAUUCAAGAAAUGAAAAAAAAUGCCAUCAUGCUCAUCAAAGGAUCUUACGUAGAGGAAUCAGACUUUCAGGAUGAUGUUAUGGUGUACAGGUUAUGCGCCCAGAAGGAUGCUCAAGAUGAUGGUAACUCCAAGGAGAAAACUUUAAAUGUAGCCCGAAAACAUGAGGUCCAAAGCCAGACUGUAGUCAAUGGGCCUCUUGCAAAGAGCCAGCUGGAAAUGAACUUGGAUGAGCCCAGUAUGAGAAAUUCAAGCUCGACUCAAGGUGUAAUGAAAGAACAAGUAAACCAGAAAAUUAUUGAGAUUGAUCCACCGCCAGACUUAGAGUUGAAGCAUUCUCCUCAGGAGGCAGAUAGUAACGUAAGUGCAAGACUGCUGAGCACAGAUGGUGAAGAUUUCAUUGCACAGUAUGACAAAAUUAUUAAGGAACUGGAUCCAAACAGUGCAAGCUUGGAGGAGCAGAACUUGGAUACUCCUGACCCUGUCUCUCCUGCAGAAGAGGAGGAGGACUUUGAGAAUUUCUCAGCAGACACCCCUUCUGUGGAGAGCUUGUCCUCUCCCUUCGGACCAAAGGAUGAUAUGUCUCCCAAGCAUGCUGCGGGGAACCAGAGUGCUCCAUUUACAGGACCGUUCAUCAGUGUAGUGUUGUCAAAGCUGGAGAACAUGCUGGAGAACUCCUUGCAUGUAAAUUUGCUGCUUAUUGGGAUCAUUACUCAGCUGGCAAGUUAUCCACAGCCUCUUCUUCGCUCCUUUCUGCUCAACACCAACAUGGUGUUUCAGCCCAGUGUGCGGUCACUUUAUCAGGUGCUGGCAUCUGUGAAAAAUAAAAUAGAACAUUUUGCUUCCAUUGAAAAAGACUUUCCUGGUCUUCUUCUGGAGGCCCAGCAGUACUUGCUUUUUCGUAUGGACAUGUCUGAUGCUGCAGAAGAAUUGCUAACCAAAGGUAAUGUCCAGCACAGCAGCAACACAGGGAAAGGAAGGAACCUCUCUGAAGCGUACCCGGCAGUACUCCAGCCUUUCCUAGGACAGAAAGGAAAGAAAGGCCUGGCUCAUCCCAGCCUCCCUGCACGCGUGAGGAAUGCCGUACUUGCAGCUGCCCUUUUCCCAGAGUUCCUGAAGGAGCUGGCAGCUCUUGCCCAGGAACAUUCCAUUUUAUGUUACAAAAUACUGGGGGAUUUUGAGGAUUAUUAUUAGUGAGUUUUUUAAACAUGUUUUUAAAAAGCUUUUGGAGUUUAAACAGAUUUUUAAAGCAAAGCUGCUUACAAAAGAAGGUUGUACUUCAAUAUUUCCUGAAAAUACUUGAUUUGGAGGGGGAAGAAGGAGGAGGCACAAUGUUAUUCCGUGUUACCUUAUAUUAGGCCUUAUAAUUUCCCUCUGUGCUACAUAACUUAUUUGAGAGAUUUUUGAUAGUGUUCUUACUGCAGCCUCCUAUGCGUCAUCUCCUCCUCUUUACAUCUUUACAUCUCCUCCUCUUCUCUAGUGUCACCAAUUUUUGUCAAAUUUCUGCAACAGACACUUGUAGGCUGGCUAAGAGAUGUAAAUGCGUUAACUUUUUGUGUUCCGGAAAUACUCUUCCAGAUACGUUGUUAGAAGACAGUUUGUUUGGAAAAACAUUGUCCCGUGCAGACAGCUCAGGGUAGAAAUAUAUAUGCAAAAUCUGCACAAAAGCCCUUUCUGUGAAGGGUUGUGCUUCUUCAUGUCUUUCUUCUCUUAACUGUCCCUACCUUUUCCCUGAAAUGGAGCUCUUACCGACCCACAUCCAAAGCCCUCUUUUUAACUAGCGGCUCAGGGUUUUUUGAAUUCAAGUGAUCUUACACGUAUUAAACCCCUGACUAGCUGAAAGCAGGUGCUGGACCCUACAAAUACCAUAUUGCCUUAUGUUGCAGACAGUUCUGCAGCUCUCAGCUGUUGGUCUUUGAAGUCAAAUGAAGUGUGUAAGUGGAUGUGGAUUGCAGACUGCCUGGAAUUUUCCUUGCAGUUUCUCAGCAUUCUUUGGUAACUGCUGCAUUGCUACCUAAGUUCUCAAGCAUGCCUUAGUAAAAUUUGCACAAAGUACAAAACAAAAUGUUUCUAUGCAAGCUGUAAUUAGUAGGUAGUUUGUGUUUAUGCUUAUUUUAAUAAGCCAAAAAAAGAUAUUUGAUAUCUUUCAGUAGUAUUAAAAGGACCGCAGGCUGUUUUAUGUCUUACUUUUUUUUAAUGAAAAAGGUUGGCUUGUUCCUGAAAACUGUUCAGUUUUAUUGUUAAUUGUUUUGGUUAAGGGAAAGUUAAAUGCUGUUUGUUUACUUUUAAUUUAGGUGUUGACUUUUCCUAAUAUUGCACUUUUGGGAUGGGGAGGACCAGACUAUUUACCAGCUGUAGAAAAGAAAGGAGUAACAGGGAGAGCUGUCUGCUGGUGACUAACUGCUGGAGAAAAUUCUCUUCUGUGAGUAAUGGGCUUCAUUAGAAGAACCCAAACAUGAUGAAUUGGUGCAUCACCACUGCAUUUCAUCUUAACUUAGUAGCAUAAUUGUGCUUCCAGUGCGCUGUAGUUGGCUACAUAAACAAGGGCUUAGUUCAAGAAAGCCUCAAGCCCCUUUGUCCGGGAAGGAGACUCCAGGAGUCUUCAAGGAGGAGACUCCAAGUUGACUCCAGGAAAUCUGGAGAAACAGAAAUCAGAAACAACACUUGCAUAUAUUAGUUCUCCUGCUCAUUGUAAUUCCAUAAUUUAGGAUGCUCUAGUUAAUCACAUCCUGAUUUUGAAACACACUUUCUAGGAGAUGGCAAGGGAAAAGAACGCUUUAAAACCAUAAAAAACAAAGACAUUCCAGAAGAGUCUAAUUACAGGUCAAAUUCACAGUGCAAUUCAAGCUCCUAAAUCCUUUAGAUGCUUCUGAAAAGUUGCACCUUUAAUCUACAAGCUGUGAGACACAUUCAUUGUGUCAGGUUGCUGUAGGCUAUGGCAAGCAAAACCAACCAACCAACCAACCCGCGGUGUACCUCUAACAAAGUCACCUCAGCAACUUCUCUGCGUCCAUCUUCACUUGUUUGCUGUACAGUCUUCGCUUCCACGGUGGCUGGGGGUCAUGUUGCUUCCUAGCUGACUCUCUGGUCUGCUUUCACGUCCAAAUUGUUUAUUUUUUUAGGCACCAUUGCAUCGCCAACCUAUAAAUCACCUACUGACCCCCAUAUGGCCCUGUUUCACCUCACAAGCUUUCUUGGAAGCUGAAGCCAAGGCUGUGGGUUUUUUCUUAAAUCUUAGUUAUCCAGGUUUAAGAGAGCUCUUUUUCCCCUGCAUUGUUGUUGUAAAUGGGUGAUGAGCAAAUUAAGAUAUAUAUAUAUUUUUUUUUUUUCUUUUCUUAACUUGUCCUAGGACAUGGUGGGUUCUUUUCCCACUGCCCCGUUCCUGCUCCCACUACAACCAGCAGUGCUGUCUGUCAUCCUGUACGGCACUGGCCUGGCCUGAAGGUGCUCAGUAGUGUUGUGUGUGGAAAGUGUUUCAGCAUCGUGAGUGCAGGGUCAGUGCUUUUUCUGCUCUGCACCUCUUCGCCUCUUCUGGGAGGAACUUCAUGGGAGCAAAAGAAAAAGUACCAAAUGAGUGCGAUCAGCUAACUUGUAGUGUUGCAGAAACAAGUGCUAAAUUGAAGAAGGGAUCCAAUCCUUUUUUUUCUGAAGCACUUCUUAAAAAGGAAUGAAAAAUAUUUUGUUGCUUUUUUUUUUUUUUUAAAUAAACAAUUCUGCAGAGCAGUGCUCAAGGCAGUAAGGUUACUAUGUGAACAGUCCCCUUGUUUUUAUUCUAAAAUAAGAAUGUUUGCUGGGUAGAAGGGAUUUCUUCUGAGAUUGUUAAUUUUAACUGGUGUUUUCAACAAAGUCAUGCCAGUUUCAUCUCAGCAGGUCUUUUAAGCUACAUGGGGAUUUUAAAAUGUGGACUGCUCAAAAAAGCAUCUGUAAAUUUGAGAAAGGGGAGGAUUUAUGUCAUAAGAUGUAGUAGAGCUUGUGCUCUACAUCCCGUAGGAUAAAUUCAGGCUUUGAAAUGUGGCGUUUUGUGGCAGACUUCUUGCUGGAAGGUCAGAACUGUGUGUGCUCAGUGUCCCCUUGUAAACGGGAAAUCUGUCUGUCAGCUCCUCAGAAGGAGGAGGUGGCCAAGUGCGGUGGCCCUGGCACAGGACUGUGCCAAUGGCUGUUUUACAUCACUUGGUUACAGAGUGGGAUCAGACUUGCAGUUCUGCCUUAGUUGUGAGAGCAGCAUCGUGUCCAGCACCCCCCCAAAAAAAAUUUCAUUGGAAUUUCAUUGUCCUGUCAUUGAAAUGGAGAACCUGUGAUUUAGCUUGAAAAUGUUGAUUUUUGAGAUUAAUUACCUCUGUGUGCGUAAGUUCUUCAGCCAAAUGCUUGUUUAAUAAUCUUCUUUCCUCUGGUUAGAUAACAUAUUACCCCGUCUCCUACCAGCGAUACAACUUUUUCCAAAUCCCACCACAUGCCCGUGGCCCAGCAGUAGGUCUCCGGAGGACAUGGCGUUACGCUGCUCUUCCCAAGAGCGGAGCAGAGCUCUGUGGUCUGGAUUUCCCCACAUUCAUAUGUGUGUGUGAGUAGAGCGGCCCCUCUUCUGCGCUCUGUCUCUGCAUUGGUCACGAUUUGAAGUGUCCUGGGGUUGACAGAUCCAUUCCAAAACCUGCAGGUGGUGUCUCAGUGAUACCAAAGUUAAUUUCCAGCCUCCUGCUAGAUGUUUCAGACUGUGAAUGGCCACAGUUCCAGGGCUGUACCCUUUGAGUGUGUUUCUAAGCUGUUCUGCUGCAGCAAGGAGUCUCGAAGGCAAUUUCUCUCUGCUGGCUUUGUUUUUUUUUUUUUUUCACAACUUACCUAUGAAGUGUCUUGUCUUAAAACAGCCAUAGUCAUUCUUUUUUAACUUUGACCAUUUUUGGGUGCCCUGUGUGUUAAUCUCAGUCUGUAUUAAUGGGGCUAACGCACUCGGCAACUUUCAUUCAGACCAACAUCACCCUUUGCAAGUGCUGAUCUUUGGACAUGUACAGUCAGUGGCAAUUCACCUGUUGUUGGCCCUACUUACUGCCUUUUUAUUAUUGUAUUCCAGGCGUUUUUCUUGAAUUUCAUCUUUUCCAUGUGUGCUCUAGAAAAAUUUGGGAUUUCAAAUGAGAUCAAGUUGUUGCAGUUUCGGAUGUGAAAGACACACUCCCAUUGUUAUCCUGGUAACUUCUGACCUUGGUUUGGAAGAACAGAAAUGAAAGCUGCUGUUCUCAGCCGUAUUCCAUGGAGAUGAGAAAAUUCCCAGUAGCGAGCACGGGCUGUGCCUCCUGGCAGCAUACCCAGAUACAGCCCUCAGAGCAGGCGGUUCUUUGAUUUAUUUCCUCUUCCAUUGCGGUUUGUCACUUCGUUAAAAGUCUGAUGAAUUCAGUGAUGUCGUGCUGCCAUGCCUGCUUAGUGCAUUUGCCUUUCCGAUGCGAUUUGCUCUUUUGGUAAGAUGGUGAAUUUCCUAGAAUGGGAGAAAAGGCAGUUUGAUUGGGGUGCACCUCGAACAAGGGCAGGGGCUGUGCUUCAGAAUGGGAACAGGACUGGAUAGACAGGAAGCCAGAACCAGCACCAUUCGUGUUGCUCUUUGGCCCGGGCACAAUGCUCAAGUACUCUGUUUGCUCCUUCAAAGAAAAACAUUUGCAAACGAACUUACUGCAUCCCGUUGAGUCCAAGCACAGAUUUGAGUUUGAGAGGUUAAGUUGUAUUUACCAAGAGGAGUUACCGUCGAGCGGAGCGCGUGCGCAUGCACCACCCUUUUGUGCACUCUGCCUCACAGAAGGUUUCAUGCUUCAGGAAUGUUAUUUUACCUCUUCUAAGCAGCUCUAAAAUCUCAGGGUUGGGAAGAAAAGGAUGGGAGCACUGUGAUUUGGUGCAGUUAAAUUAUGUCAUUGUGUCAUUUGAAUUUGUAGCCACAGCUCCUGUUCGAGGGCAGCUUCAUUUAAUAAGCAAUUUACUGUGCUGUAUUUACUGAAAUUGCUAUGUUACGCCUGCAGUUUUUAUGAUGGCUCCUGUUACAUUUGUAACAUUUAAACUGCAUCUGCAGUUAUGAGUAGAAUACUGGGAUUCUCUUCUUUCUUUUCUGUUAACUCAUAUCUCUGGCACAAUAAUGUCACUGCUGUGUCCAUAUCUGAUUUAGAUAAUUACAGUAGGUUCAUCUUUGCAACUUUCAAGCAUUACCAGCAGAAAUGGAGGGUAUGUGACACUCGGGCUGCCUAUGUUAAUGAGCAAACCAAAGGUAAAACACUGCAGAUCAGCAGGGAGCACUUGCCUCUAAAAAUUUACAUUUGUGUUGCUCUGAUUUAGUGGGGACUAGGAAGAAAAAGCUUGUAGCAAACUUGAAAAAUGAAUGUGACAGUGUCCGAUGAUAACUGUCCAAGUGGGUGGCACUGCUAUGCGAUACUUUGGGCCAGAAGGAGGGUAAAAAUUGCCCCUUGUUAAGGUGGUGUCAGGCUGGCAUAUAUAGGUAUUCAGAUGAAGUGACGGUGGUGCCAGCUGUCUGACCGCAGGCAGCUGCAGAAUGCAGGACUAUUUCAGUGACUUUGUUGUUGGUGGUGACAGCCCAGCUCUGACUGAAUGUACUGUAUUUUUAGGGGCCCCCAGCUUUUCUGAACACCUUGUGACCCAGCAUCAAUGUCCUUCAUUUGUUGCGUGCUCAGUUGGAAGCCUCUUAUUUAUGAAUAGGAGCAUUACUUGGAUUCUCAAAUAUGUAGGUACUUAAAGUGGCGUUUUGUUGCUGACUGUGCAAAUCGUCUUUUUUGUUCAUUGAUUAUAAUGGUUCUUGUGUGGCAGCUGGAUUAAAUUAAGACUGAAGUCUCUGGGCUAAAAGCCCUGAUGGAACUUUUGUGCAAAGACUGCAUUUCUCAACCAAGUAACUUUCUCUGGCGCUUCGGCAGACUGCCCGCAUACAAUUACGUACCAUGGACUAAAUACCUGCAAACUUACAUUUCUGACAAAGGCAAUUCCACAGCAGCUGUGUUUUAUUGCAGUCUACUUUAAAAAUAACUUGCUUGGAUUUAGACCAAAAAAACCAACAUGGAGGAGUCAAAUCCAAGGCAACUAAACUGUGUCCAGCUCAGUGCUGCUGUGUCAGUUUGGCCAGAGCUCAGACCUGGUGCCAUCUUGUCCUCACAGGAGAGGGAGUGACUCUCAGUGGGAGUAAAUGCUUUAGAUAAUUAAAGCUGUGGCUGAUGUGACCAUGUGUCAGGAGAACUUUAGCUUUGUGCUUACACAAAAUGCCUGUGCGUGGCAGGUGAAUUCCCUACAUUGAACUUGUUGGCCUUCAAGUGCUCUUGUUAGGAUUAGCUCAUGGUAGGUGGUGCAACUCAUGCAGGUCUAAGUACUGAACCCAGCUCUAGGCCUGUCUCCAAAGGCUGCAAUGACAAGGCAAUGGAUGUGGCAUGAAAUAAUUGGCUGUCUGUGCGUGUGCUGGGGUAAUGUGGGGUCUGGCACAGCCAUCACCAGUCUUUUUUUGGGGAAAAAGCCAGUAGGUGAAUGGGGUCAUUUGCAUGGUCAUGCAUGGGACUUCACACACAGAUAAAGAGGGACCCUGACCUUUGCUGUUCUCUGCAUCUGAACGUACAACCGGCCAACAGAUGCUGCAGACAAUUGUGAAAUGCCUGUAUAUCCUACAGGAGAUCUGAAAGGUCUGGUACUAGGACAGUGCCGGGGGGAGGACUCAGUCCGUGCUCACUGGGAUCAUGCACAACUGUGUUGCUUGCUCAACUCUGCCGCCUUUUGCAUCUUUGCCUCCUGGCAGCACCUGAGCAUUUGUCAGUUUGCUUCAUUCCAGUCAAAAUUGGGGCUGUGCAGCCUGACCGGCGUGUGGUGGAGCACUCAGGAGAGGAGUGUUCCUGGUGGUUUUGUGCUUCUGCUGCAGUCAUCCCUAAUUACUGACUGGGCUUGGCCCAGGGGCUUUUCUUGAUGGACAGGAAAAGGUGUAGCAAAUUAAAGAUCUUGACAACUUAGGAUUUCAUAUUUGAUUGCCUUCCUCACACUGUUUAGCAAUAAAAUUCUCUAUUACCUGAAAGUUUGCCAUUUCUGAGGCGACGGAUGACUUGCGCUCAACAGCCAACCCAGCGCAGGUAAGUUUCUAAGCAUUUGGGUCAAUAAAACUUGACCUCUUAUCUGCUAUAACUUUGUUUUAAUGGCCAUUAUGUGAAGCAGAAUCCAAUGAACUUCAGAGUAUUUGUAAACAGCAUUGCAAGUAAGAUGCAGACAACAAGGCUGAAAAAGACCAGCAGCAAGCUCUUCUGUCUUCUCCCUUGCACAGUUUCAGAGAGUUGAGUGGAAGCCCAAUUUGUUUUUCUUCGUGUGAAAAAACCACACGCUCUACAUGUUGAGCAAACACACAAGGCCAUCAAUCCCUGCGAAGGUGCGGCAGAGGUCAGUGGUUGUGGAAGCACGUAGGCAGAGGGGUGCACGGAACAGGAAUGAGAACAUGACCGUACACUGACACCAAGCUGCAAAAUGGAGUGGAAAGGGGCGCCAGUGAAAUCACAGUGUGAAUACUCUUGCUGUAAAUUUUUUAGUUGAGGUUCCUAUCGUAUGCUUCUAUUUUUAACAGAGUUAAAAUUAAACUCUGCAGUCAAGGCUGAGCACUAGAAAUUCUUUCUUCACUACUUCAGCAUUGCCAGCAUCUUUUUACACAACUUUCUUCUCCUCUUCUGCGACCUCGGUUAUGGGAUACUCCAGCUACACAGGACAGUCGGUAUCAUCUCUCCACCCUCACGAGUGACCUCCUAAAGGACUUCCAGCAACGAGCAGAUGAGAUUGUCAUGAUAUUGUCUGGUGUCAGGUUUUGAUCUGUGAGCACUUUCCUUGGCCCUCUGUUUGUGGACAGUUACUGCUGAAAAUCUGCACAAAACUGUCCUUAACUCACCCUGCCUAAUGCUGCUGCACAGAUGGCAUCUGCCAUCAGUAGAUCAGGGAGCACUGCUGGAGCUAAAUAAGACUUGCAAGCUGGGGUCAAAGCCUCAAUCUUAAUUCUGGAGAUCCCAGCCUUGAUACAACCACACUUAGAACAGUCUCCUUGUCUGAAAAAUGUUCUGGCAUCCAACACUUCAUAGUCAGGCUCUGCCUUUUAUCUUGUGGACUCGCAUGUUCUAUGUGUUUUUAAAAAUUUGUCUUUACAAUAGCAGAUAUUAAAUCCCUUGGGGCUGCUGCUUCUGUCUUGUAAUGUGCUCUGCCGACUGCAGCAAUGCAAAUACAAACCAAAGCUGUUUUGCGCAGUACAGGGUUCACUUGUGCGGUAUUUAGAAUUUGCCUUUAGCUCCACUUAGGACCCAGAGGAAGGUGCUGGUUGAAUUUAGGCUGCUGUAUCAGGCCCUUGGCAGGCAAAAAUCCAGCGUUUUGGUUGUAUUGGUUCAAAGUGGAGGUCAGGCUGUCAGAGCAGGAACAACGCUGCCUGGUCCUGCUGAGCCUGCUCAUCACGAGCGCCCAGCACUGCCAGCUAACACAGCUUUGAAGCUGGUAGCCGCUAUCUCCGGAAAUGUUAAAAAGAUUCAUCAUCUUGAUCUCAUUUGACUCAAGCCACUUUUUUCUGUCAGAAAUAAAUUUACAUUUUGUGUGCAUCUGCAAAAGAUUUCUUUAAAAAUUUCAGGAGUGACUGUUUCAUAAUAUAGUGCAAGAUGUAUAGACUAUAGCUGGUCUUUCCCUUCCCUGGAAGGGGAAGAAUAUUACAAUUAUCCCUUUUUAAUCUUUCUUGUUAUCCAUUGUGUCUGACAGGUGGAGGUGCAAAUAGAUUGAGAUCUACAGUAAAUCCAUUUAAACUUCUAACACUGUGCUUGGCUCAUGAUUUUUAACAGAUUUUUGUACCAUAUUAGCAAAGUGUAAUUACAUAGGAAGAGAGUGGCUAAGAAGUAGCCAUUAAAAAGACAUGUACCAGCAACUGCCAUGCUACAGUGGUAGAGAUCCUUCCUUCCUUUAAUACAGCUUAACUGUUACUCUUCCACAUACAUCGGUGUUUUGCUUUCUCUUUUUGAAGGGGCACCCACUACAGCAGAGGGGAAACGGCACAGCAGCAUCAAGCUGUGCAACAAAAAGCACUAGCCUUGGAGGGCCAGCGUUGGAAAACAAUUGAACUAUUUUUAAAUUAAUAUUCAAGAUUCCAUGCGGAAGCGCUUGUGCCUUUUUGAUUCUUACUGCUAUAGCAAGAGUUGAACAGAAUUUCAAAAUAUAAAGUUUGCUGUAUAAUCUAAACCUUUAUUGACUGAACACAUACCUGAAAGCUCACACCACUGUAAUUAAAAAUUGUACUUUUUGCUCAUGAUGUGAAAAGUCAUAGUAAAAGCCUUUGUGUGACGGUCAGGUCACAUGAAAAUCCUGCAGCUUUGGUUUGGGGUUUUAGGUUUUUUUGGGGCGGGGGGGUUGUUGUGUCAUCUUUUUUUUUUUUUUUUGAAGGGUCACAGUUUAUGAUUGCAACCAUGUUACUGCUUUUUGUCAGCUGACUUUUGAAUUGUAAAGUUAUUUUAAUAUAAAUAAUGGGUGUACAUUUUAUUCAUUAAAUGUAUUUAAAAACCA